AUGAUUAAUUUGCUUUUCAAACUCAGAGCAUGUACGAACAGGGAUGGAAUUGAAAAAAAAAAUGAUGAAAAUUUACUUUACUCAAGGAUUUAUUUUUAUCUAUCUAUCUAUCUAUCUAUCUCAGUCUAUUCAUAUCUAUCUAUCUAUCUAUCUAUCUAUCAUAGUCAUUUGGAUCUAUCUAUCUAUCUAUCUAUCUAUCUAUCUAUCUAUCAUAGUCAUUUGGAUAUAUCUAUCUCAGUCUAUUCAUAUCUAUCUAUCUAUCUAUCUAUCUAUCAUAGUCAUUUGGAUCUAUCUAUCUAUCUAUCUAUCUAUCAUAGUCAUUUGGAUCUAUCUAUCUAUCUAUCUAUCAUAGUCAUUUGGAUCUAUCUAUCUAUCUAUCUAUCUAUCUAUCUCAGUCUAUUCAUAUCUAUCUAUCUAUCUAUCUAUCAUAGUCAUUUGGAUCUAUCUAUCUAUCUAUCUAUCUAUCUAUCUAUCUGUCUCAUAUUAUUCAUAAAUCUUUAUCUAGAUUUGUUCAGCUAUUUACCCUUUCUUUCUUUCUUUCUUUCUUUCUUUCUUUCUUUCUUUCUUUCUUCUAAUAUUUUUUGUUUAGAUUUACCCUUUCUUUCUUUCUUUCUUUCUUUCUUUCUUUCUUUCUUUCUUUCUUUCUUUCUUUCUUCAGAUUAUUUUUUCUCACUUCUUUUUUCAAUAUUUUCUUUCAUUCAUGUUGCUUUUCUUUCUUUUUUUUUUGUUUGUUUAUCUAUCUAUCUAUCUAUCUAUCUAUCUAUCUAUCUAUCUAUCUAUCUAUUUCGGUUCACCUCUCUCUUUCACCAUUAUCACUCUCUCUCUCUCUCUCUCUCUCUCUAA